GUGGGUGGUGUGCUAUAGACGAGCCUGAAUAGAAAUAGUUAGGCAAAACUUAGUACAUAAAUUCAAUGAGCCCAUUUCAAGGUUAAAAUCUAUGGUGGGAAACUCGAGUGAUUAUGACAAUAGGUAAUACCUACCUAUUCUUCAGUAUGUUUUUUCCACUCGAUUAAGAACGUGCGUUCGUAUUUUUUCUGUAAUUUUUUAUCUUUAAAUUUACCAGUCAUUACAUGGCUGAAUUCGAGUAUUUUGUUUAAAAUUGAACUUAUUAAAAUGAUAUAAUUUCUCCGGUAACGCGAGUGUUAUUUUGUGUUGCUAUGAAUUUAUUUCACUAAUUAAUUGGACAUCAAUUCUAAUGGAGUAAGUUUCCUGGUCGAGUUACCGGCAGGGCUGAGGGAAAUCCUCUAGCCAAUAUGUUGGUCAGCAUUUAGGUUCUUAUUUCAAAGUAUAGGGCUACGAUAUAAUCUAUGAAUAGAUUCAGUCCAACUACGAUUGAUAUGGUCAAGGUAAUGAUUAGGUUAAUGGUAAAGUAGUUAGAAUUCAUCUGAAUAAUCUAGGUAAGGAUUUAAUACAGUGAUUCAAUCUGAAUAAUCUAGGUAUAGAUUUAGUAGAUUUCCAACUAUUUCGACUUGCUUGCAAUGUCUAGAAAUGUAUGUAAAUUCAAUUUACUUUUCGAGUUUAUUUUCACACUGGGAUACGUUCUAACUAAGAUUGUGUAUGAUGUAGGUUCUACCUACCUUGUAAAUAAAAUCCCUUUCUUUCGAUUGAGUAUUGGUUGAAACAUAUCUUCGUGUAUUUGAAUUAAAAUAGAGCAUUUUUGUAUUAUGUGGUUAGGUAGGUUUGUCUUAUCCUAAUCCAAACCCAUCCCAAUAUUUCCUAAUCAUAAAAUUUCCUAAUACCUAUCUUCUCAUUAUUUGUUCCUAGUUCUAAAAUUCUCUCUUAUUCCUAAUUCCUACACCACAUAAUAUAAAAAUUGGCGCCCAACGUGGGGCUAGGGCUUAAUGAGUUUAGGUAUUAAUUAUUCAAAAUUCAUCUUCAGAAAAUUUCGUGUCAAAAUUCCACUUUACACAUGUGUUUCAUGUUGGACACGAAGAUUUCUUUCAACCAAUAAAAUAUGGCCGUUAGAAUAGUAACUCGAGCGCGUUAUCUAUUGUGCUAUGCUUUCGCCUGAUGAGAAGUGCGGUCCGCCUGUGAGUAGGUAUCGAAUAGGUAGUAGGUACCUACUUCACUUAGGGAACAGUUUGUUAGAAAGCAUAUUUUAAAUACACGAAGAAACCAGCUUCGAAUUGUACUAGUCGUUCUGGUAUAGUACAUGUAAUGAAAUGUACCACCAUCAACGAGAUAACGAUAUCGAGUAAUUGCAUCAAGACCUCCGAGUACCAGAAAAAUGAUCGAGUAUUUUUAACGUAUAAUAAAACAUGUUGCAACUAGUUUUACGAAUGGUACUAUGUAAAGCUUCGGCUAGGAUAGGUUUUUGAUAAAGGCCACUAAAUUUCCUUCCCCCUUUCCCGCAUAUGUCUGGAUAUCCACAUAUUCAGCUUAUGCCUUUAGAAUUAAGAUGCGUGUUUUUCUAAGAAAAUUAAUAAAAAAUACAAAAAGAUAUGUGUUUGUGUAAGUGUAGAAGAAUCGGUAUCCGGCUGAACAAAAUUUCUAGGAAACGUUCGUCGUAGUUUCUAGCUAUUGUAUUAUUUUUGUAAAUCGCCAUUUUGUUAUUCUCUUAUCUUUCUAGUCGAAUCUUCGAUCGCAAUCUGAAACGCAUUCGGUUUGAGUAUUAUCUUUUCCUUCGUACUGUAAACAUCUCUCGAGUAGUUUGCGUUAUGCGUAUGGUUUUUUAGUGCGGUAUUUUUAUUUUUUGCUAAAAUUGAUUCGAUUAUUGCGAUCGUAUUUUUAUUCGAGCUUUCUAUUUAAUGAUUUAAUAAACUUUCGUAUGUGAAGUGAAGUUCGAAAGAUUCGUGAGCUUGUCGUAUUUCGAGUAUUUUGAUGUUCCAGCCGAAUACGUAGCUGAUUAGUAUAUUGGAAUAUUAUCUCGUUUGUUUAUUUUCGAUUAUGGCUUCCUUUGAGAAUGAUUUGUACGCGACCUGUCGCCAGAGCCAUAUACACCCGAUCAUUAACUCGAGUCCUGAGAAUUUAAAGAAAACGUUCUCAGCUGAAGAUCUCGACACUCGAGUAUUUGUAAUCCGAAACGAUCAGGAAGAUACUCUUACGAUCAAGAAACAAAACGUCAGAUGUCCAAUCGCUGAGAUCAUCGAGAUUUCCGUUUCCUCACUCGAUCUACCUGCGUCUUUAUCUCGACACAUCAUGGAAGCUGAAAUUCAACGUGUAGAGUUGUAUAUACGAGAGUAUCUUCUAGCCAUCUUUACCGCCGAUCGCCUAUCGCCUUGCAAAAGGUGCCUCAUUCCAAAGGAGACGCCGAAUAUUCAAGAUUUAUCCUCCCGCAUAGCCGUCGAAGUCGAAGGCCUAACAGAGUUUUUAUUCGAGCAGAUGGAGACCCUCUAUCGACCAAUACCACCCGCUCUUCCUACACCGAUUCAACGACCGAAUUUAAUCGCCAAUAUUCGUCGAGCAUUCUCCGAGAAUGAUUUGAUUCGUCCACCUGCUGUUUUCUCCUUCGAGCACAUUGAGAGUCAACCAGAGCCUGUUGUAUCGAACUCGAGUGAACCGGCGAUUGACUUGACACGGGAUGAAGAACCGAUUAACAUCUCUGAUAGCGGUAGUGACGAUGUUUUCGAAACGAAUCUUGAUUUGCUGAAUCAAACGAAUCGCUCGCUCGCAAUCACCUCUUUUGAGAAUGAUACUCGUAUAACUCAUUCUACAGAAUACGAAAAUCUGUCAGUGUCGCUUACUCGAUUACCAGCUCCUCUCAAGAGUGCACUGAAGAGCCCCGACGAAGGUUUACCACCGGCGAAAAAACUAAGUUACACCGAAGAAGACAGUACCGGUGAAAAGAAAACCGUUGGUUUUCGGUUUCCUGAGCCAAAAACGUAUCAACUUCAACAACCGAAACCUAGCGAAGAUGACCCAUCAGUAGAUAGCAUUUUGGCAACUCUCCGUCAGAACUCUCUUAUGGCCGAUCUCAACCUACACGAUCUGAUUCCACCGCAGAACCGACCAUCAACACUACCGAUUAGCGAAAAUGACUCGAGUUCUGCGUCGACUUCAACUGACGUCACCGCUGCCACUUUGAGUUCAACGUUUGCUCCAUCAGCAACGACAACUCAAUCCACCGACGCGAUGCAGGUUGAUAAUGUUACCGAUAAUAACGCCGAAAAAUCCGUCCCACCAGCUCCAUUAGCUGAUGAAAAAGAACCAGCUGCCCAAGCCGCCGCUGCUGCUGUUCCCGUCGCUGCUGUGGUUCCCGUCGUUCUUCCACCACCACAACCAGCAUAUGUCACGGCCAAGUUUCCUCGACUGAACUACGCUGAAAUCGAUGGAAUUCAAAUUUUCACACCAGAGUUGAUAGGCGACGAUGAGAUUCCUGAAUGCAACCUCCGACCAUACGUUCCGCAACAAUGGCCUGAUAGUUAUCAGCCAUAUGAAUUCGAGUGGGAUCCUUCAGACCGAGUGUUUAUCUAUUUAGCGAUUGACCUAUGGGAAGCACUGAUACGAGGAACAUAUGUUCAUUUUAAGAUCGUGACUCCGAGAUUUGAAUAUUACGAGAAACGGCAGUCUUUUGAGUGGCCAAGAAUUGAAAUUGAGGCCACUACUUGGCGUAACCAUCUGAAUUUGGUCCGUUCGACUUAUCGUGAUGAGGUUUACCCACGUGAGCAUGUUUUCCGUCCCAGAUGGUCGUACCAGAAUCAGACCAACAUGAAACACCUCGUCACUGUUCUAGGGAAAAUAGCCAACGAUUACGUCGAAAUAAUCAUCGACCCUACGCUGCAGGUAUCGUUGAUUAAUAUUGCCGCACUCGAGUUUUUCGACAAGAAUGUCUCAUUCGAUUUCGAAGUCCUUCACCAUCCUAAGGUUAUUUACGUACCUUGGAAGGAUGAUUUCCGGUUAGUAGUACGACGAAAGGUCAAUGUACCACUAAGAUUGACUCCCGGUAUUGAACGUAACAAGAACGAUGUUCAUUGGUUCCCGUGUUAUGUCGCUAAUUUCAAGACUACGAAGAAAGUAGAAGCGCAUCACGGUACAGUAAUCUUAGGCGUACGAGACAUCGGUCCGCUGAUCAAAAGUUACGAUCCUGUCGCUGUUUCAAUCAAUCUUCGAGGACCGCCGGGAAUCCCCUAUUCGAGAACGGUCAGGUGUAAAGAAAAGGUGCCACGAGUUCGAAUGAUUGGUCUUCUCAGAAGCCUUCGAGCGAUGGAUCGGUUUAGAGUACGAGAUAACUUCUAUCCGGUAGAAGAAUAUCUUAUUAAAAAGAAGAAAUAAGAUUCGAUUUCAAAAUUUUUCCUUUUUGUAAAUUUUUGGUUUUUUUCUUUUGUAUUUUCCGUUUCGAGUUAUUACGUUAUCAUCGUGAAUCUUAUUGUAUUGUAAUUUCAUUUUUCGUUUUUGGAUAGUGUGUUUUCUGGCGAUAGUCGUUUUCAUGUUAUUCUUUUUGUUAUUGUUUUUUCUUUGUUUUUUUUUUUUUUACAUUUUCAUUGUUAAUCAUACUCGAGUUUAGAUUAGCUGUUUUUUCAAUAGUUUAACGUAAUUUUUCAGUCUUGCAUUCGAGUUUUCCCUUCCACAGAUUUUCUCUUUGGCAGGGGGAGAAAUUAUGUGCUAUAGACGAGCCUGAAUAGAAAUAGUUAGGCAAAACUUAGUACAUAAAUUCAAUGAGCCCAUUUCAAGGUUAAAAUCUAUGGUGGGAAACUCGAGUGAUUAUGACAAUAGGUAAUACCUACCUAUUCUUCAGUAUGUUUUUUCCACUCGAUUAAGAACGUGCGUUCGUAUUUUUUCUGUAAUUUUUUAUCUUUAAAUUUACCAGUCAUUACAUGGCUGAAUUCGAGUAUUUUGUUUAAAAUUGAACUUAUUAAAAUGAUAUAAUUUCUCCGGUAACGCGAGUGUUAUUUUGUGUUGCUAUGAAUUUAUUUCACUAAUUAAUUGGACAUCAAUUCUAAUGGAGUAAGUUUCCUGGUCGAGUUACCGGCAGGGCUGAGGGAAAUCCUCUAGCCAAUAUGUUGGUCAGCAUUUAGGUUCUUAUUUCAAAGUAUAGGGCUACGAUAUAAUCUAUGAAUAGAUUCAGUCCAACUACGAUUGAUAUGGUCAAGGUAAUGAUUAGGUUAAUGGUAAAGUAGUUAGAAUUCAUCUGAAUAAUCUAGGUAAGGAUUUAAUACAGUGAUUCAAUCUGAAUAAUCUAGGUAUAGAUUUAGUAGAUUUCCAACUAUUUCGACUUGCUUGCAAUGUCUAGAAAUGUAUGUAAAUUCAAUUUACUUUUCGAGUUUAUUUUCACACUGGGAUACGUUCUAACUAAGAUUGUGUAUGAUGUAGGUUCUACCUACCUUGUAAAUAAAAUCCCUUUCUUUCGAUUGAGUAUUGGUUGAAACAUAUCUUCGUGUAUUUGAAUUAAAAUAGAGCAUUUUUGUAUUAUGUGGUUAGGUAGGUUUGUCUUAUCCUAAUCCAAACCCAUCCCAAUAUUUCCUAAUCAUAAAAUUU